AUGCAAUUCACUCUGUCUGCUGUUCUCGGCUUUGCCGCCCUCGUCGCUGCUCUGCCUCCUGCUCCCGCUGCCGGUGGUAUCGGUAACGCCAACGGUGUCAACAACAAGGGCAACACCGAUGUCCGCUUCCCUGUCCCCGACAGCAUGACUGUCAAGCAGGCUCAGGCCAAGUGUGGUGAUCAGGCUCAGCUCUCUUGCUGUAACAAGGCCACCUACGCCGGUGACACCACCGAUGUCAACUCUGGCAUGCUCGGCGGUACCCUCAGCAACCUGAUCGGUGCUGGCUCUGGUGCCGACGGUCUUGGUCUCUUCGACCAGUGCUCCAAGCUGGAUCUUCAGAUCCCCAUCCUCAUUGGCAUUCCCCUCCAGGACCUUGUCAACCAGAAGUGCAAGCAGAACAUUGCCUGCUGCCAGAACUCCCCCUCCAGCGCCAACUCGGACCUGGUCGGCGUUGGCCUUCCUUGCGUUGCCCUUGGCUCCAUCAUCUAA